AUGGCCUUUCCUCCUCCCCCUGUAAACACCAUUGACUGGGACGACAUUGGAUUCCGUGUGCGCGAAGUCAACGGCCAUGUCGAAUCCACCUACUCAACCAAGACUGGACAAUGGACCCCUCCGACUUUCGUUGCGGAUCCAUUCCUCCGCCUGCACGGCAUGGCCCCCGGCCUCAACUAUGGCAUGCAAUGUUAUGAAGGCCUCAAGGCAUCCCGUGGACCCAACGAUGAUACGAUUGGAAUCUUCCGGCCACAGAAGAACGCCGAGAGAAUGCAGCACUCGGCUUCCUUCGUCUCCAUGCCUGAGAUUCCUGUGGAUCACUUCAAGAAGUCCGUUCAUCUGGCUGUCUCGCUGAACGCUGAAUAUGUGCCUCCCCAUCGAACUGGUGCCAGCAUGUAUGUUCGCCCCCUCUUAUUCGGGAGCAGCGCCCAGCUUGGAUUGGAUCCUCCGGAAGAAUACACUUUUCUUGUCUUCGUGAUGCCUACAGGGGUCUAUCAUGGGGUGCAUCCAGUGGCUGCCCUCAUUCUCGAGGACUUUGAUCGCGCGGCUCCGGAAGGAACCGGGAGCGCAAAGAUCGGUGGCAACUACGCGCCAGUGCUGCGGCAUAGCGGCAAAGCCAAGAAGGAAGGCUUCGGCAUCACACUGCAUCUGGACAGCAGGACGAGGUCUGAGAUCGAUGAGUUCUCCACUAGCGGAUUCAUUGGUAUCCACGGUGAUCCAGAGAAGGGAUGCACGGUUGUGGUUCCCGACAGCCAAAAUGUGAUCAAGAGUGUGACAAGCGACAGCAUCUGUCGCAUCGCGGAGAAGUGGGGAUGGAAGGUUGAGCAGAGAUCGAUAAAAUACGAAGAACUCCCAACAUUCACGGAGGUCGCGGCUGCGGGUACCGCGGCUGCGCUGGUCCCAAUCAAAAGCAUCACCAUGCGCUCGAAGAAUGAUGAAUUCAAGUAUCAAGGGGGUGGCGAUGAGCCUGGCCCGGCUGUUGUAAAGCUUCUUGGUGAGCUGAAGGGAAUUCAACAAGGCAAGGUCAAGGAUAGCUUUGGGUGGGUCGAGGCUGUGCGCCGGUACUCAUCCGACGAGUAUGCCGUCGAAAAGGCCGGGGAUGUGAACGGGCAUGGAAAGACACCUGGUCAACUGCCUUGA